UUGAACAGUAAGUGCUUCUGCAGAUUUUGCCAGCCGACCCUGAAAGUAACAAAAAACCUUUAAUCAAUUGUUUGGAAUCCUAAGGUACUUGCAAUACAAUUGUGCUUUCCACUUUAUUCUGUUGUAUGCUUUAACUUUCCUACACUUUUCUAAAGCAGACAAUUAUUUGGAGUUUCUUGUUUUUGAUACUAAAGUAUAAUUUAUAUUUGUACUUUUACAUUUUUAUAUAUUUAUUUCAUCAUGAUGAACUGUCUCUGGAAAAGGUCAAACGAAUAAGAAAAGUAAAUUAUACACAUAUUAGUUAUAAACCCUUCAAAAUUAAGUCACAUCAACAUGUUGUGUAAACGCAUAAGACGUGACCUGAACAGAACUUUGUUUCUUGUUUAUAGGCACGUGCUUUUCGGGAAACGCUCUUUUAAGACACAUUACAUCAUUAACUGCACACAGUCUAAUUAAAUAGUGUUUACGUAAAGGUGCCUGUCAAAACUGGAAUGACAGCACUGUGUUGCUCUAACAACACACCCGCCUCUCCUUUCCCGCGGGCUGUUUUCUAGAGAAGGAGUCUUUGAAAAACUGCAAGUCCCAGAGAUCCCCGCAUCAGUGAACCUCCAGCCGGGGCUUCAAUAACAUGGCAGCGCCGUCCAGCAACACAUGCGGGUUCACGGAGCGCUCUAUCCGGGAGCGGGUCCCCCCUCUGCUCACCGACCUGUACCAGGUCACCAUGGCGUACGCGUACUGGCGGACCGGGCGGCACCAGGAGCCCGCCGUGUUCGAGCUCUUCUUCAGGAACAACCCUUUCGGCGGAGGCUUCACGCUGUUCGCCGGGCUGCAAGACUGUCUGCUGUUCCUGCGCAGCUUUCGCUUCACAGACGAAGGUGAGGAAGUCAAUUCGGACUUUAUUAUCUCCGUUAAUAUCAUUUAUUCAGCAGCGAAUGACCAACUCGUUUUAAUGUUGUUUCAUCAUCUGCAUGACGUAACUUUCUUCCUAAUUCUUUUCGCACUACUGCUGUGGUUGCGCAAUACCAAAUAUGCCUGCGUGGCAGAGCCAGGAGAGUGUGAAUGUCGCAUGUCAGCCUGCCACGGAGGUUCUCUCCUGCUGCCUGAGGAAGCGCUCCCUCUCCACCUGAUCUUCAAAGGUUUUCUGAAGAGCAGCCAUCAGGCUCCUACAUCUCCACCUGGUUGCUCUCCAGCUGCUGCUCUGCCUCCUUCAGAGCAGCCGAUAGUUUGGUGUUGCCUGUUUCUCUUCUUGGAGCUGGGCAGCAUAUUCAGACAUUCAGACUUCUUUAGAGCAGCAGUAAUCGAGAAAGUUAGCCAGCAGGUCCUCCUGAAUGUCCAGGUGGACUCUGCCCUCAGACUUCCCCGGUCUCAGCCUCGCCUCGCUGUCCUUCAGCUCACAGCGGACCUGGUCUUCCGGGAUGCUGAGCUGGUGGAGGUGAGGGCUAGUCCCAGGAUGAAGAUUAGCGAGGACCCAGAGAAGAGCACUGUCCCUGGGAGGAAAGCUGUUUACAGGCUGAUAGAUGCUGAGGGCCAUGCUUUUCUGGACCUGGUGUGUCUGGUAGCGGAGGCUCCUCCUGAGGCAGGGGUCUCUGUGAGCUGUUACCCUCUGAGCUGCGACACGUCCUGUGUGUCAGUCAUUCCCGCUCAGGUCAUCUGUCUGCGCCAGGACAUGUUCACCAAAGGACAGGUCACACAGCCUCUGUGCAGCGCUACAGAAACUAGAGCAAAGGUCCAGAGCUCCCUCCAGACUCUGCACUCUCGACACAAGAGGCUGCAGGAGCCAGACUCUUACACAGUGGCGCUGUCAGAGAAGCUCCAUACCCUGGUCACAGAGAUCCGAAAAGGAAGCUCCAACAACAGCAACUUUCUGUUAGCCAACUAAAAAGACAACUGCUUUGUUUUCAUCUCCUGUCGUUAUUCUAAACAUUCUUUUUCCAAAGUAACUGAAAUUAAAACAAGAGCAUACUUUUUAGGAGAUGCAAAGCAUAACAGUAUUAACACUAUCCUUUCCAAAUACAGGAAUACACGAAUGUUUUAAACAACAGGGUAAAAAUGAACCGAAGUCCAGCAUAUUUUUUUACUUGAUAGCUCAGUAGGGACAGGUGGAAGAACAUUUUGAAGGGGCCCUAUUGUGCUUUUUAGGAUUUCCCCUUCCUGUAGUGUCUUAUAUAGAUUUUUGUUUUCUUCCCUG